GGGACGUUGACAAGUGGAUCCAAGAUGGCGUAGAAAGUAAUGACAGGAAUUGGAUGAAGCAGUUGAUCACUAAUGAACUCAACAGUGCUAGUGAGAUGUGUAAGAAAUUAUAAAGAGCUCUGAUGGGCUAUUUGGGUGAUACCGAGUGCAGUGAACUGCAGGCUUUUUGUCCCUGAGUCAUGGAAGACAGAAGAGCUGAGGAGUCCUGUGAACAAGCAUGUGAGUCAUUGAGGAGGCAGGACUAUGACGUGGCCCUCAAGCACUGCACCGAGGCUCUCCUUUCUCUCGGCCAGCACUCCCUGGCAGACUCCCCAGGGCCGUGUCCACUGGAGAUAGAACGCAUCAAAAUCGAGAGCCUUCUUUACCGAAUUGCCUCGUUUUUACAGCUGAAAAACUAUGGGCAAGCUGAUGAAGAUUGUAGGCAUGUGCUGGGGGAAGGACUGGCCAAGGGAGAGGGUGCCUUUCGGGCAGUGCUGUGCUGCAUGCAGCUGAAGGGAAAGCUCCAGCCUGUGUCCUCCAUCCUUGCCACGUCACUGUCAGGAGAGUCCCUGAAUGGAAUGGUAACAAAAGAUUUGACAAGAUUAAAAACACUUCUCACAGAAACAGAGACAGCAACGAGUAAUGUCCUCUCUGGGUAUCGCAUGGAAGACUUCGAUGAGGGGUCUUGUAAUGGUUGGCAUUUCCGCCCACCACCUAGGGGAAUCACAAGCAGCGAGGAAUAUACUUUGUGUAAAAGAUUUUUAGAACAAGGAAUCUGUAGGUAUGGUGCCCAGUGCACUUCAGCACAUUCCCAGGAAGAGCUCGCAGAGUGGCAGAAAAGAUACGCCUCACGGCUGAUAAAACUGAAACAGCAAAACGAGAACAAGCAGCUCUCAGGCAGCUACAUGGAGUCCUUGAUCGAGAAGUGGAUGAACUCAUUAUCUCCUGAGAAAGUGCUCAGCGAGAGCGUGGAGGGAGUAGAGGUCGAGCACAGCCCUGCCCUGGCCCUGACCGUCAGCACCAAAAAGUCUCACCACACGUGGACCUUCGCUCUCACUUGUAAGCCUGCAAGAAUGCUGUGUCGUGUAGCAUUGCUUUAUGAUGCUCAUCGUCCUCAUUUUAGUAUCAUUGCAAUAUCUGCCGGAGAUAGUACUACCCAGGUAUCACAAGAAGUCCCAGAAAACUGUCAAGAAUGGAUAGGAGGAAAGAUGGUCCAAAAUGGAUUAGAUCAUUACGUGUAUAAAGUCGGGAUAGCAUUUAACACAGAAAUAUUUGGAACUUUUCGCCAAACCAUAGUUUUCGACUUUGGAUUGGAACCAGUACUCAUGCAAAGAGUAAUGAUUGAUGCAGCUUCUACAGAAGAUCUUGAAUACCUGAUGCAUGCAAAGCAGCAGCUGGUGACCACAGCUAAGCGUUGGGACUCUUCUUCUAAGACUGUCAUAGAUUUUGAACCUAAUGAAACUACUGAUUUGGAGAAGAGCCUUCUGAUCAGAUACCAAAUCCCUCUCUCUGCUGACCAGCUUUUUACCCAGUCUGUUUUAGACAAAUCAUUGACCAAGACCAACUAUCAGUCCCGGUUGCAUGACCUGCUCUAUAUUGAAGAGAUAGCCCAGUAUAAAGAAGUCAGCAAGUUCAACCUUAAAGUGCAAUUGCAGAUUCUAGCCAGCUUCAUGCUCACUGGCGUUUCUGGAGGUGCAAAGUAUGCUCAGAAUGGACAACUCUUUGGUCGUUUUAAGCUGACUGAGACACUUUCUGAAGAUACUUUGGCUGGACGACUGGUGAUGACCAAAGUCAAUGCUGUUUAUUUAUUGCCAGUCCCUAAAGAGAAGUUGACACAGACCCAGGGAACCAAAGAGAAGGUUUAUGAAGCUACUAUUGAAGAAAAAACAAAAGAUUAUAUAUUUUUAAGGAUAUCCAGGGAAUGCUGUGAAGAACUCAGUCUUCGACCUGAUUGUGACAUCCAGGUUGAACUUCAGUUUCAGUUAAAUCGAUUACCCCUCUGUGAAAUGCAUUAUGCGCUAGAUAGGAUCAAGGACAAUGGUAUUUUGUUUCCAGACAUCAGCAUGACUCCCACCAUACCUUGGAGUCCCAACAGGCAGUGGGAUGAACAGUUGGAUCCUCGACUAAAUACAAAGCAGAAGGAAGCGGUUCUGGCCAUUACCACUCCUCUUUCCAUUCAGCUACCACCUGUCCUCAUCAUCGGGCCCUAUGGGACAGGCAAGACGUUCACGCUGGCUCAGGCUGUCAAGCACAUCCUUCAGCAGCAGGAGAGCAGCAGGAUUCUCAUUUGCACCCAUUCUAAUAGUGCUGCUGACCUCUACAUAAAGGAUUAUUUACACCCACAUGUAGAAGCAGGCAAUCCCCAGGCAAGACCUCUCAGGGUGUAUUUCCGAAAUCGCUGGGUGAAGACUGUCCACCCAGUUGUGCAUCAGUACUGUUUGAUUUCAAGCGCACAUUCCACCUUUCAGAUGCCCCAGAAGGAAGAUAUCCUUAAACAUCGAGUGGUGGUGGUUACCUUGAACACUUCCCAGUACCUCUGUCAGCUGGACCUUGAACCUGGGCUUUUCACACACAUUCUGUUGGAUGAAGCUGCUCAGGCCAUGGAGUGUGAAACCAUCAUGCCUCUAGCCUUAGCAAGUAGAACCACGCGCAUUGUUCUGGCUGGUGAUCACAUGCAGCUCAGUCCUUUUGUUUACAGCGAGUUUGCCAGGGAGAGAAACCUUCAUGUUUCACUACUUGAUCGACUUUAUGAGCAUUACCCUGCCGAGUUUCCAUGUAGAAUCCUGCUGUGUGAAAACUACCGCUCCCAUGAAGCUAUCAUCAAUUACACCUCUGAGCUGUUCUAUGAAGGUAAGCUGAUGGCCAGCGGGAAGCAGCCGGCACACAAGGAUUUCUACCCACUGACGUUUUUUACAGCACGAGGGGAAGAUGUCCAAGAAAAAAAUAGCACAGCUUUUUAUAAUAACGCAGAGGUAUUUGAAGUGGUGGACCGUGUAGAAGAGUUGAGAAGGAAGUGGCCAGUAGCGUGGGGCAAGUUAGAUGAUGGCAGUAUUGGUGUGGUGACUCCAUAUGCUGAUCAAGUGUUUCGAAUACGUGCUGAACUUCGAAAAAAGAGGUUAUCUGAUGUUAAUGUGGAGAGGGUGCUGAAUGUUCAAGGAAAGCAAUUCAGAGUUUUGUUUCUUAGUACAGUACGUACAAGACAUACUUGUAAGCAUAAACAGACACCGAUUAAAAAGAAAGAACAACUUUUGGAAGAUUCCACUGAGGACUUAGAUUAUGGAUUUUUAUCUAACUACAAACUUCUUAAUACUGCCAUCACGAGAGCACAGUCCCUGGUUGCUGUGGUGGGGGACCCUGUUGCUCUGUGCUCUAUUGGAAGAUGUAGGAAGUUUUGGGAACGAUUUAUUGCCCUGUGUCAUGAAAAUCACAGCCUCCAUGGGAUCACAUUUGACCAGAUCAAGGCCCAGUUAGAGGCAUUAGAACUGAAGAAGACUUAUGUGCUGAACCCCUUGGCUCCUGAGUUUAUUCCCCGGGCCCUAAGGCUGCAGCAUUCGGGAAGUGGAAACAAGCAGCAGCAGUCACCACCCAAGGGGAAAAACCUCCAUCACACUCAGAGUGAUCAUUUCCAGAAUGAUGGAAUUGUUCAGCCCAAUCCUUCCGUACUUAUUGGCAAUCCUAUUAGAGCGUUUACUCCUCCACCCCCUCUGGGACCUCACCCAAAUUUGGGGAAAUCUCCAAGCCCCGUUCAAAGAAUAGAUCCUCACACUGGAACAAGUAUUCUUUAUGUACCUGCUGUCUAUGGAGGGAAUGUAGUUAUGUCGGUGCCUUUACCUGUACCAUGGACAGGAUACCAGGGUAGGUUUGCAGUUGAUCCUCGAAUUAUUACACACCAGGCAGCAAUGGCCUACAAUAUGAACCUGUUACAGACACACGGACGUGGAUCUCCCAUACCUUAUGGCCUUGGACAUCAUCCACCUGUCAGCAUAGGGCAGCCGCAGAGUCAGCACUCAGAGAAGGAUCAGCAAGAGCAAAAUCGAAAUGGUAAAACUGAUGCGAAUAAUUCUGGAGCUGAAAUGAGUAAGAUUCGAACACCCGAGAAGAAGUCUUCAGAAGCAAAACAGGUUGAGUUGGAGUCACAUCCACAAAACAGAAGUCCUGAAUCACGUCCUGCUGUUGUUUAUCCCAAUACCAAAUUUCCUCGCAAAGAUAAUCUCACCCCAAGACACAUAAGUCUUCCUCUUCCCGCUCCCCAUGCACAGUACGCAAUCCCUAAUCGCCAUUUCCAUCCGCUUCCCCCGCUACCACGACCACCCUUUCCAAUUCCUCAGCACCACACCUUGUUAAAUCCGCAGCAGAAUAAUUUGCCUGAACAAGCAAAUCCAGUGCUGCCCCAGCCAAAUCAGGUAGUCCAGCCCCACAGCCAGCUGAGCCCCCAGCCCCCGCCACCACCUCAGCUCUCUCCUGCCUAUCAAGCAGGCCCUAGCAGUGCUGUUUUCAAUAAUGCACUUUCCCACCGACCACAGUCCCCUCCCACAGAGGCUGUGAUUCCAGAGCAGCAGCCCCCUCCCAUGCUGCCUGAUGGUCACAGUCCUCUGAGAGCCGUUGCACAGCCCGCACCCCUCCUUCCUCCACAUCUGAACAACUUCAUUGAUGAGAGCGCCGCAGGUCUGCCCAUAGGAGAGGCUUUAGAUCGAAUACAUGGGAGUGCAGCUCUGGAAGCCCUGAGGCAGCAGCAAGCACGGCUGCAGCAGUGGAGCGAGCAGCGGGCCUACCUCAGCCAGAGCAGUCUUGCGUACCCGCACCACCCCCACCCCCACCCUCAGCACCUUCCUCAGCCACCCAUGGGCCUGCGUCAGCCUCCAGUGAGGACAGAGUGGAAGCUCACUGGCAGUGCUGAAGAUGAGGCAGAAACGGCCUUCUCCAGGUUUCAAGACGUAGUGAGAGAGCUGUCUCAUCGUGAUCAAGGAGAAGCACGAGAACCAGCAGAAAUGCCACCACCCCAGUCGAGACUUUUACAGUAUAGACAAGUCCAGGCCAGAAGCCCACCAGCAAUCCCAUCACCCCCUUCCACUGCCGAUCACAGUGGCCACUUUUCUAGCCUGAGUGGCAAUGGCAGAGACAUUGAAGUAGCCAAUAACCCGGCGUCUCCACAGCGCCUUCCGCCUCAGGUCCUGAGCUCCCCCUUCUCACUGCCGUCUGAACACCUUGCCCCUCCUCCCUUGAAGUACCUGGCACCUGAUGGAGCGUGGACUUUUGCCAACCUGCAACAGAGUCACCUAAUAGGGCCAGGAUUUCCCUAUGGCUUGCCUCCUUUACCUCACAGGCCACCGCAGAGCCCGUUUAUACAAAUACAGAAUCACCCGCAUGCCGUCAGUCAAGAGCCACGUCACCCGCUGUCAUCUCGAGCAGUGUCGUCGUCUUCGCUCCCCAGCUUAGAAGAGUAUGAGCCCAGGGGACCUGGUCGGCCCUUGUACCAAAGAAGAAGGUCAUGUAGCCCAGCCCAGCCGUGUUCUGAAGAAACAAGCACUCCCCAAGACAGUCUGGCUCAGGGCAGAGAGCUGCAGGACCACAACACCCCACCUUCUUUCAGCUUCCCACCCCCCGAGUCCUGGGCCAACGCCACUUCAUCUGCCUCCUACCAGAACAUUCCAUGCAAUGGAUCCAGCAGGACAGCUCAGCCCAGGGAGUUGAUAGCUCCACCCAAGACUGUCAGCCCCCCUGAGGACCCCCUGAAGCCUGAGAACGCGGAGGUGUCCAGUUCCUUCAACUACAGCACGCUGCAGCGCCUCGGCCAGUUCCCACCCCUCAUGCCCCACAAGCAGAUCGCGGAGUCGCCCAACAGCAGCAGCCAGCAGAGCUCUGUGGGGAGCAAGCCCGCCAUGUCCUACGCCAGUGCACUGCGGGCGCCUCCGAAGCCCAGGCCCCCACCUGAGCAGGCCAAGAAAAGCAGCGAUCCCCUGUCUCUGUUCCAGGAACUCAGCCUGGGGAGCUCCUCGGGCAGUAAUGGCUUUUACUCCUAUUUUAAAUGAUCAUCUGUUUUUCCCCUCAAGGGAAAACGUUUGAAUUUCUGUUUGUCAUCAGUAGAAUUAAGGUAGCUGGACUUCAUCUAUAGAUGCACAAUUCCCUUUGUUUUGAUAUUAAAAUAUGUUCUCAUUCAAUUGCUUUGCUGCUAGACUUACAACUAAUUUUUUAAGAGUAUAUUCCAUUAUUUUGCAUUUUCAAUGUGAGUCAGAAUUUUGACAGCUUUUAUGUAGAAUAAAAAUAUUUUUAAAUUUGUUGUUAUAUGUUUGCAUCAAGCUAGCAGCUAAGAGGUUAAUUGUGCAACUAUACAAAAAAGAGAAAAAAGAAAAAAAGUUUGUUUAAAAUGUAUUUAAAAAGAAAAAAAAACUGUAAGUAGCAUUUACAUUUAUUCAAGAAUAUUACCAUAUGCUGGGUUUCUGUACCAGAAAUGGCCAGUUGAUGUACAAAUGUAUGUUAUUUUUUGCUUAUUAAAUUCAUUUAAAUUUUUUAAAAAAAAUAAAGGGGCAGCACCUUCUAAAUACUUUAAGUUUUAUCAGCUUUUUUGUGACAGGAUGCUGCAUUCUAAAACUUACAGUUUUAGACUCCGUGAUGUGCUGUUGUAAUCUCCAUCCAGUGCAGGAUAGAGCUAAAGGCAUUUUUUGCCUGUGUGUUCCGUAUGCCACUGUUUUUUGAAAUGUGAAAAGAAAAAAAAAAAAAAACAAUGGCAUACUUAGUUUUUUUUUUUUUUUUUUUUUUUUUGGACAAGCUACACUUUAAGCUUGUUUUAAUGUUACUUUGAUAGUGUGGUUUUUUUAAACAAAUCAUGAAGCUGAAAAAUUUUUAGGAUUGUUGGUGCUUAGUAGACUUGAUAACUAUUUGAAAACUGCGUGAAUUUAGUGAACAUCCUUUUUCAUCCUUGUGCAUGUGUAAGCAUUUGUAGCCCGGCCCCUUCUCCAGUGGCAUCGAGAAGUGUGCCGUGUAAAGGUUUGGGUUUCUUUCCCUCCAGUAAAAAUUUUGGUACCUUAUUUGAUGUUUACAUUAAAAUAUGACAUUAUACAUGA